AUGGACGCCGAAAACACACAACAAGCCGACGAGGCCCGCAAGCGAGGCAACGAGCUAUAUAAAAGUCACCAGAUUAGCCAAGCGAUAAACGCGUACAAGGAGGCAGCGGCACUAGCCCCUCUUGACCCCUUUCCAUUGUCCAAUCUAUCCAUCGCCAACUUUGAAGCUGGAAAAUAUGCACAAUGCAUCCACUUCUCGAAUAAAGCAUUGGAGCUUCUCAAUGCUGAUGACCAAGACACCAGUAUUGCCCGACAUAAAUUGCUUGUCAGGAAAGUUAAAGCUUGUCUACAUCUAUCUCUCUUGGACGAAGCCGAAAAGCUCUUACGCGAGCUUGGUUCUAGCAAAGAAUCCGAGAACCUCCGCAACUCAGUCCGGGCGAUGAAUGAGUUUAAGACGCAUUCUACGUCGUCAAAAUUAUUGCGCGAGGUUAUAUUGCAGUUACCGCGCUUGAGGCCAUGCAUCCAAGAUAAUCCUGAUUUUUUCGGUUCUGGAAACGAAGAAGCACGCUCUCUGUAUACAGCUGACCUUGAGAAGUCGGCAGAACAAGACCCUGUCUUGUCUAUCAUGCUCUGCGGCGUCGGGGACGCCCGUAACGUUUUCCAGACUCUAAUCCAAUACUCAUCAAUGAACCAUGGGACUCAGAAGCUUCACAUAACGAUGCUCGACCACAAGCCAUCCAUCAUAGCCCGGGAUUUGAUACUAUUUAGCCUGCUACAUGAAGCGAACACCAACCCAGACUCCAAAGACACAGUGUUACUAAGUCUCAGCUAUCUGUACUCUACCCCAAUCAUACCUCUUUUCGCAUGGGAAAAGUUGCAGAACACUAUCAGCAAGCUGGUGGACAAGCUAGAGUGCGGACAGCAACCACUCGACUUGAUCUACCUCACUUUGCCGCAGACAGACGUCAUGCGGAUUCUUAAGAGUUGGCAGACGACGGGCGCCGCCACGAAAUACAGCACUUCUCAAAUGCGACGUGCUGCAUCUCAGAGAGAGGAUCCCUUAUGGUCUUAUCUAGCUUGUGACGCAGACUACCAAGAUUUCUACGAUUUUUCGGUUGUAUUUCCUCCAGAAGCAAUCUUGUCGAGAUUCGAACCGACGCUGUCUGCUCUUGUUACAGGCCGCAGCAAGGAUGAUGAAAAUGCUCGGCGGCGAAUUGGCAAAUAUUUAGACAAGCAUUGGAAGGUCAACGUCACGUUCAUUGAUGUAGACUGGCAAGCUAGACAGAUGCCGGGAGAACUACCAAGUACGGACCAUGAGCCUUUCAACAUUAUCGACAAUUUGACAACACAGUCAUCGAAGUUAGUUGUGCCCGACAAGUCGACACGCUGCAUUUUGCAACAUGCAGCCGACUUCUUCGGGAAGGUCGCUCUGAGCAUGUUACAGUUGCGCGAGAGAUUAACAGUGGAAGUGAUUCUCGGCGAAAUGGCCGAUGUGCUAGAGCGGAUUCGCUACGGCUUUCUGGAUCGCCCAAUAAAGGGAGGCGAUGAAGAUCAAGUGUCGUCAACCGCCAUGGAAUGGCCUAAGAAGUAUCAUGUAAUCCACAUGAGUAAUGUCCCAGAUUAUGUCGGCGGGUCCUUGACGAGCUUCCUCUACGGGGCCCCUCUCCUAAAACGAGGAACUGGUACGGGGUUGAUGUCAUGCGUAUUGCUCACCACAGGGCAGUGGACGAAUCUUCGACAUUUCAACGCGGAAUAUUUGCUAAUGCACGACCCUAACAUGAUCCGGAAACACUUUUCGGUUGAGCUAGCCGAGGUGAUACGCGACACUGUACCAGUCCCAUCUAUACAUAUGUCUACGUCUAUACCUAUGAUCCAUUAUCAUCGUUGGGAGGGACGCAAGAGUGGCGCUAUCCCCUUGGAGCAAAUGAUGUCGAAGAUGAGCCUUUGCAAGUGGUUACAUGCUCACUUCCUCAAGAUAUGCCUACCAUCCUAUCGCCAUGAGAUUUGCAGGGUCUUCGCGCCUUUAAACAUGACGAUGUUUAUGAGACUAGUAGUUCACAUGGGCCACCUCGGCUACCCCGGGCAUUGGCUAUCGGAAAUCAUCAAGUCUCUUAGUAGUGGGGAUAUUCAUACAGCAGCUAGAGCCCUUCCUAGACCUGCACUUGGCCCUAACGCCGUGGACAAGAAUAACGCACUUCGCGCAAUGUGUGUCAAGCCCUGGAGAGCAGAAUUCACCACUCUUGUCACCCAGUGGAAAGAGCUCUUUCCUUUUGCUACUGUGAUUCCAAGUGGGAUACUUCCUUCGCCAGAGAUUAUUACGGAGUACUCAAUAAAGAUUCCCCUUGUCCCUUCCAACAACCUCAGCCAGCCUCACUUCAUGUUGGUUUUUUGGAAUCAGCGAAAGUAUGGUGAGCCUCCGGAUGGCAUAUACCGACUUCUCCUCGACGAUGAGAAUGGAGACAUGACAACUUCGGCGCAGAAGAUCAGAUCCGACGGGAUUAAUAUCUUGAGCACCUUCAAAUGGGUCUCGGACGAGAUGACGGCUACUUUCUGGCUAAGAAGCGACGUGGUUGAUUUGAUGUUGAAGGAGGACUGGACUGUUUGCAUAUGGAGAAUUGAUAGUUGGGUUAGAUACACACCGGGUCAACCUCUGGGGAAGUAUCUCUCUAAGAAGAGGACUUGGAAGGAAUGCGUAACCCCAGCGUGA